AUGUUUGGACGGACCUUAUUUUCACUAAGUCGAAGAACGACAUUAGCCGGACAACACGUUCGUUUCAAUUCAAUAGCUCCUUUGGAUGCUUCUAAGCUUAUCAUAGAAAAGACCACUACACCAAAACUGAAGCUUCCUAAGGAUGAACUAGUGUUUGGCAAGACAUUCACGGACCAUAUGUUGGAAAUAGAGUGGAAUAAAUCCACCGGAUGGGGUGCACCAAAAAUUAGUCCAUAUCACAACUUGUCCUUGGAUCCUUCAACAAUUGUGUUCCAUUAUGCUUUCGAAUGUUUUGAAGGAAUGAAAGCCUAUAAGGACAUAAAUGGCCAGAUCAGAACAUUUAGAGGUGAUAAGAAUAUGGUGAGGAUGAACCAGUCCGCAGAAAGAAUUGCGUUACCUCAGUUUGAAGGUGAAGAAUUGCAGAAAUUGAUCGAUCACUUAUUGGUGUUGGAUAAGGAUUUUAUACCUGAAGGAAAGGGCUAUUCUUUGUACCUAAGGCCAACAAUGAUUGGAACUUCUGCGUCAUUGGGGGUAGGUGUUCCAGAUAAAGCCUUGCUUUACGUCAUUGCAUCGCCUGUUGGGCCAUAUUACUCAAGUGGUUUCAAACCUGUGAGCUUAGAGGCGACUGACUAUGCAGUGAGAGCCUGGCCAGGCGGUGUUGGUGAUAAAAAAUUGGGUGCCAACUAUGCUCCUUGUGUGUUGCCACAAUUGAAAGCAGCCGAGAGAGGUUUUCACCAAAACUUGUGGUUGUUUGGUGAGGAAUCAUUCAUCACCGAAGUUGGAACCAUGAAUGUAUUUUUUGUGUUGAGGGAUUCCAAGACUGGUAAAAAAGAGUUGGUUACUGCACCUUUGGAUGGUACAAUCUUGGAAGGUGUCACUAGAGAUUCCAUCUUGGAGUUGGCCAGGGAGAAAUUGUCAAAGGAUGAGUGGAUUGUCAAUGAAAGAAAGUUUACCAUUCACGAAAUCAAAGAUGCAGCCAAACAAGGUAACUUGAUUGAGGCUUUUGGUGCAGGAACUGCCGCAGUGGUGUCACCAAUAAAAAAUAUUGGAUACAAGGGAGAGGAUAUCAACGUGCCAGUAGUGCUUGGGAAUUCCGGAGAAUUGACAGCUCAAGUUGCUGAAUGGAUCAGAAAAAUUCAGUACGGAGAAGAAGAGUAUAAGAACUGGUCUAGAGUAGCUAAAGUAUCAGCAUAA